AAGUCCAGGGCCGCGAGAGAUGUCGGCUACGAGAAGACCAUGGCGUAAAAAGGGAAUUGACGGGAGGAAGUGGACUUCGGCUAGGCACAGGAAAUACAAAACAACAAAUGCCAACUAAGAAGAAAAUGGCCAACAUACACAUAUGCUAGCUAUUGCCAAGUGUGUCAUUUUUCGUGAUGUUAAAAGUGUUACCUCUGCGUCUUGAGUUCACUUAAAGCGCAGUCCAAUAGCUGCAACGCACCCAUCCCAAAGCGCAUCACGUGUGGGGUUCCAAAAAAAUUCCGUGCUGGCCAAACCUCAACUCAAACACCACUCUACGGAAUAGCGACCGACCACUUUUACGUGACGCCCAAAAGACGAAAGAAGAAAAAAAGAACUAUGAAGCUCCUUAGUCUCAACUUUUUGACCUGCGCGGUCAAGGCCUGCAAGUCCUCUGCGGCCUCGUUCCCCCUCCACCCCAAGGACGCAGAGUUGGCGCAGGACGACAUCGAGGUCAACCCCCAACUUCUCUUCAACGUCCUGCCCCGCUUAGACUGGGCCGCUCUGCGAACGAACGCAACUGAGCUGGGCUUCCCCGAACUCCCCGCGGAGCCCCCCUCGGCAGAGCAGCUCGAGGGCGACGAGAAGAUGCUCAAGGACCUGCACCACCUCCUCAUGGAGACGCAGAUCAUGGAGGGCAAGCUCGUCUGCGGUAACUGCGGACACGAGUACGCCAUCCGCGAGGGCAUCGCCAACUUCUUGCUGCCGAGUCACUUGGUAUAAAAGACAGUGCUCGGUCAUGGGGUAAGUUUACAGAGACGAGAAUUUGAUUUGAGACGGCCGGCGAAGGCUGUAGUAGGCGUUUACGGCGUUUUUCUCUCCCCUCAAACAAGCAUGAAGGCUCUGUCUGAUGUGGGGGAGGGGAGGUGGGCGGCAAACAGAGGAAGAAAAAAAGGUCCAUUUGUUAUAGGAAUACAUUUCAUGCCAUUUGCGAGGAAAAAACACUACGUUGGUCUCUACAGA